AUGGCGACUGCGACCAUCACCAUCACGGACGACCUCGGUCUCAUCAAGCCCGAGUCGUCCGGCCAUGUAGACCUCGGUGGCAUCUACCACACGCGCAGCCGGUCGCGUGCCCGCCGAGCUGGCGACCGCCGCAGUACUUCUCAGGAGCGUCGCGGUGAGGAGGCCGAAGACCUCGACGACGGCGGGGAAUGGCACCGCGACGACCACAAGAAGAAGCAGGUAACUUCCUGUGUCAUUUGCUCCAUGGCCUUUGCUGACUGGCUGCUUCAAGGCUGGCGUACCAGUCUACUGGUGCCAUCUAUGGUGAUAUUGGAACCAGGUGAGGCUUCAUAUGACCCAGAAUCACCUGACCAGAGUACCGCUUUCAUGAUUCUGACGUUCCACAUCAGUCCCCUCUACGUGUUUUCGAGUACCUUUACCGAGAAUCCUACGCAGAAUGACCUCCUGCAGGUUCUCUCCGUCAUUAUCUGGUCUCUCACUAUUAUGGUGACGCUGAAAUACGUCCUCGUUGUUUUGCAUGCCGAUAACCAAGGCGAAGGAGGCACCUUCAGUUGUUACUCGCUGCUCGCACGCUAUGCCAACAUCAGGGACCGUGACCCGCGCGAGCAAACCACAGUCAAGAUGGAACGGCAUAACACGCAGGAUCUCAGACCUAGCAAUCGGAAAGUCCGUCGGAGACUCGAGAAGAGUAUGUUCACGCGCGGUUUACUGCAGAUCAUUGGGGUGCUCGCCGUGUGCAUGGUCAUCGCCGACGGCAUCCUCACCCCGGCCCAGUCCGUCCUCGGUGCCGUACAGGGUCUAUCGGUCGUCAGUCCAAAUAUCACCAGCCCAACAGUGGUCUCACCAAGCUCGCCAGUGUCUUCGCCCCCAUCGUCAUCCUCUGGCUGGCCUUCAACGCGGGAUUCGGCAUCUACAACCCUGGUCAAAUUCGACCACUCCGUGCUGAAAGCGUUCUCGCCCUACUACGCCAUCCACUUCUUCAUGGACAAGAAGACGCAGGCUUGGAAGAUGCUUGGCGGCAUUCUGCUUGCUUUCACCGGCGUCGAGGCUCUGUUUGCGGAUCUGGGCGCGUUCAGCAUGCGGGCCAUACAGAUCAGCUGGCUCGGCUGGUGCUAUCCGUCUUUGCUACUGGCCUAUAUCGGACAGGCUGCGUACAUCAGUGUCCACCCUGAUGCCUGGUCAAAUCCUUUCUACAACUCUGUUCCUCCGGGAAUGUUGUACCCUAGCCUCGUUGUUGGUAUUCUGGCGGCCAUUGUUGCAUCUCAGGCUAUGAUCACGGCGGUCUUUCAGCUUAUUAGCCAGCUCAUGAAACUGUCGUACUGUCCACAGGUGAAGAUUGUGCACACGUCAACCAAGUUCCAUGGGCAGCUCUAUGUGCCCUUCGUGAACUGGAUUCUCAUGCUUGGCACCAUUCUGGUCACUGCCGUAUACUCUAACACGACUCGUCUUGGAAACGCUUAUGGCGUCUGCGUCAUGUUCGUGACGUUCUUCGACACGUGCAUGGUCACGCUCGUCGCCCUCAUCGUCUGGCGCCUGCCGCCCUACCUCGUCUGCAUCCCCUGGCUUAUUUUUGCCACCGUAGACUGCCUUUACCUCUCCUCGGCGUUGACCAAAGUCCCCGACGGUGCCUGGUUCACCAUCACCAUCGCCGGGAUCCUUGCGGGCAUUUUCCUCCUCUGGCGCUUCGGCAAGGAGAACCAAUGGCGCGCCGAGGCCGAGGACCGGUUCCGCCCCGCCCAGUUGGUGACAAAGGACGGACAGGGCCGGCUCGCGCUCACGUCACGCUGGGGAGGCGGUCUCGUGUCGCAGAUUCGUGGCUUCGCUAUCUACUUUGAUAAGACGGGUGUGCUGACGCCGAUGGUGUUCACCCAAUUCGUCAGCAAGUUCGGCGCCGUGCCUGACGUAAUGGUCUUCUUUCACCUGCACCCUGUCGAAGAACCGUCCGUGGCCCCGGACGAGCGGUAUGCCAUCUCGCGGCUGGGCGCUAUCCCCGGCUGCUAUCGUCUGAUUAUACGUCAUGGAUUUAUGGACGAGGUUAUCACGCCGGAUCUGGCGGCCCUGAUCUACGAGCAGUUGCGCAACUUUGUGAUUCGCCAGGCUGGCGCACGCGGACUGCCCGAGCAGGUCAGGGGAGAUGAUGGGGAUGGUGACGAGGCUAGGACCUCGGGACACGAUGCGGAGACAGCGGGUCAGGACGGUCAACUGAAAACCACUGCCGCGGCCCUCUCGGCGCGCGAGAAGAGCGAGGGCGACAACAGCAGCGGCAGCGGGCACACCCCCGAGCCCAGCAGCAGCACCGACGUCGACGACCAGGAGAAAGGCAAGCAGCGCCAAGCGGCGCAGCUGCCGCCCGAGCUCUCGGACGCCAAAGUCAAGGCCGAGCUCGCGCGCCUCGACCGCGCCUUCGCGACAAAGGUCAUGUACGUGGUCGGCAAGGAGCAGAUGAAGAUCAAGCUCGGCACGUCGCUGGUCCGCCGCUUCGUGCUGAUGACGUUCCUGUGGAUCCGCGACAACACGCGCGCCAAGAUUGCGAACCUACGCCUGGCGAUGGACAGGGUGGUCGAGGUGGGCUUUGUCAAGGAGAUAUAG